AUGGACACCAGAACAUCUUCUGCUGCCCUUAGAUAUAAAAAUGACAAUAAUAGAAAAGAUCCUGCUUGGAAGUAUGUGCAUUUAUUCAAGCCACCAAAUACAAAUGAUCUUGUUUCUAACUUUUGUAAUAAAGUUACAAAGGGAGAGAUUUACAGACCAAAGCAACAUUUGGCUGGGGGACAUCGCAAUGUCCCCAUAUGUAAAAGGUGUCCAGCACAUGUACGUGAAGAAAUACAAGACUAUAUGCUAAAAAAGGUUGCAGCUAUGGACUUCGAUAAAACUUCUUUUCCUGAUUUUGAAGAUGUUAAGAGGAUGAAUGAUGAUGAAGACGAAAAUGAAAUUAGUGCAAACAUAGAAGUUUCACAGCAAGGAAGUAGUAAAGUUGCAAAUAUGAGAAAGAAGUCAAGGACAAAGGGUCCUAUUGAUGUAUUUUUUGCUCAAAAUGCAGAAAGGGCAGAGAAAGAUAGGAAAAAUGCAAAGUUGAAAUAA